GCCUCUCGGCUUCCCCCCCCCCCCCCCGCCAUGCCAGCGCCGCCUCUGGAGCGCCCUGCCCGAAUCCGAGAUGGCUACCGCAAGCCCGGGGUGGCACUCUAGCUGCCGCCAGUGCCUCUCUAUAGCCAGGGCGGGACUCUCUAGCCAAGUCCUCCUUGACUUUUGCCCGACACCCCAUCAGGGGAGGCCCUCCAGCCGCGGCUCCGCGCUUCUCUAUGGUCCCCGUGGGGGAGCCCGCGAGCCGGGCGCCGCGCCGCCUUCUGGCCAGGCGCUGCUGGGGACGCUCUAGCCAGGGCUUUAGCCGCUCCCGGCCGGGGGGCGCUCUAGCCGGAGACUCUGUGGCCAGGGAGGCGAUGGAGCUGGCGCUGGGGUUCGAAUUCGAGGAUUCGGUGUUUGCCCAGAGCAGGGACAGGGGCCGGGGCGGCGGCUGCGCGGCCUACACCGCCAAGCGCUGCGAGCCUCAGUGGUUUUGUGAGGAUGCAAACAGCGAGGAUGAUGUUGAAAUUCUAACUGCCAAAAAGUUCAGAGGUGAUUUGGCAUACAGACAACAAGAGUUUCAGAAAGCCCUGUAUGAGUACUCAAGCUGCUUGCUGCUGUUACCUUCCAGUAACGUUGCAAUGAGAAGAGAUGUCCAAGAGGGCCAGGCUCGGUGUUUAGCUCACCUAGGAAGGCACCAGGAGGCUCUGGAUAUUGCAGAAAAACUGAGAAAUGGGGCAACUAACACAGAUCAUUUAACAACUGUCCUCAACCUGCAGUUUGCCAUUUAUUGUCGCCUGAAAAAUAUAGAGAAAAAGAUCACAUGCCUACAGCAACUGAUUUCCUUACAUCCUUUUAACCCAUGGAACUGGAAGCUACUUGCUGAGGCUUAUAUGAGCUUUUUACAGACUCUGCCUCCAUCAUUCAUUUCAGAAAUGAAACAUCUUCAAUGCAAAGAUUGUACUGCAAAUGACCACGUUUUCCAAACCUCACCAGGACUGUUUGGAAAAGAAAUGAACCUUCAGGGUCACAAAACACUCAGCGGGAGACAAGACGUUUGGUCAACACUUUCUACAAAAACAACCAGAGACAACUCAGUAUCUUACAGCGAUAGCCACAUGGUAGAGGGAUCCCUCCAUAUCACAGAAGAAUGUGAAACACGGGACAAAAUGAAACAUGCUACCUUUGAGUUCUGGGGACAGGAAGCAUUGAAAGAUGUUUGGAUAAAGGCAUGUGCCUCCUUUGUUAGAACAAGGCUUUUACUUCAGAUUACACAAUUGCAACAGUCAUCCUUUGCUUUGGAUCAGAAUUUAAAGGUUCAACAGGAAACUGAAGACAAAGUAAAAGGUUUUGGUUUAAAGGAAGAAUCCUUGUUAUUGAUUACUGAGGUUAUGGGGGAGGAUCUCAUUCCAGAAAAACUGAAAGAGGAUGGUCAGGGAGAGAUAAAAUGUGUAGGCCCUUCAGCACUGACAUCCUUGGUAACUACAUCAGCUAUAGAAUUUGAAGGCAAAUGGUUCAAAAAGCUCCAAGACAGUUUGUCACUUUGACAGACAAUUCUUCCCAGAUAUAUAUAUCCAGCAUAAGUAAUUUACCGGCUAUUGUAUUUAUUUUUUUUUAUCUUCUCUACCUCUAAUGAUGAUGGAAUAAAGUUCAUA